UCUAAUGGAUAGUAGCCUAUAUGAAAUAGCAAUAUUGGCAAUCACAUGUCGAAAAGCGAAUAAAAUCAGUCCAAAACACACACUCGACAACAAAUCUUUCAGCAUUGUUCACGAUCUACAUGGAAAAUCCAUCCCAUGUUUUAGCUGUUAAAGAAAUUGCCAACUCCCGUUCAAUAAUUCUAUUCUGUGGCCCUAUUCAAUAUCACAGGUUCAUGUUCAAUAACUCCAUUCCACGCCCAUGUUCAAUAAGCGAUGUCCCUGUUCAAUUGCUCCGCUCCGUGUUUUGCGCGCGCUCCCCCUCCUUUCUACUGAACUCCAGCCCCUCGCUCUCUCUGUAUCAGCCUCUCACUCCGUCUCAAUAUGUCUCAAGAUGGCGGCCAAUGCGGGAUCGAUGUUUCAAUAUUGGAAGCGCUUUGAUUUACAGCAGCUGCAGAGAGAACUGGAUGCCACCGCCACAGCUCUGGCCAACAGACAGGAUGAGAGUGAGCAGUCGAGGAAAAAGCUCAUCGACCAAAGCCGUGAGUUCAAGAAAAACACACCAGAGGAUCUGCGAAAGCUGGUAGCUCCGUUGCUCAAAGGCUUCCAAGCAGAGAUCGACGCGGUGAGUAAAAGAAGUAAGGAGUCAGAGGCUGCCUUCCUAAGCGUGUACAAGAGAUUCAUCGAUGUCCCAGACCCUGUGUCGGCCCUGGAGGCUACCCAGCAGCUACAGCUGAAGGUCCAGAGGAUGCACGACAUUGAGACGGAGAACCAGAAGCUCCGCGAGACGCUGGAGGGCUACACCCAGGAGAUUGCUGAGGUCAAGAACCACGAGGUCACAAUUAAAGCACUUAAGGAGAAGAUAGAAGAGUAUGAAGAGACCCUGAAGAAGCAGGCCAAGGAGCUGGGCCAGGAGGAGAGGAGAGAGGAAGAGAAGGAGAAGAAAGAGGGCGAGGAUGGGCAGCUCCACAACAACCAUGCAGAGGAGUCGUGUCAACAACAGGAGAACCAGGAGUCUGCGGUGUCAAAGCUGGAGGAGGCAGACAGUAAGGCCCAGUCCCUACAGACAGCACUUGAAGCAACUCAGGCAGAGCUUUUGGACCUGAAGAGCAAGUAUGACGAAGAGUCAACAUCAAAGACCAAUGAGAUUGAGGUGGUGAUGUCAGACCUGGAGAGAGCCAAUCAGAGAGCGGAUGUAGCGGAGAGGGAAGCAGAGGCUCUUCGGGAACAGCUGACAUCCGCCAACAAGUCUCUCCAGCUUGCCACACAGAUCCAGAAGGCCCCUGACAUGGAGCAAGCCUUGGAGGUUCUGUCACGCUCCAGUUUGGAGGUGGAGCUGAACGCAAAGGAGCGGGAGGUACUGCACUUGGCUGAGGACGUGCAGAGACUGCAGGCCAGCCUGGCCAACGUCCGUGAGAACUCGGCCUCGCAAAUCAGCCAGCUGGAGCAGCAGCUCAGCACCAAGGAGAGCUCACUCAAGCAACUGGAGGAGAAACUGCAGGAGCAGGCAGACUACGAAGGCAUCAAGAAAGAGCUCAGUUUCCGCAAGUCAGUAGAGUUCGGCUCUUCAAACUACUCUUCAGCACAGGACUCUAAGAAGCCUCUGGAGUUGUUGUUGGAGAAGAGUCGAGGCCUGCAUUCUGAGAGCUCCUCCCUGCGCCUGAACAACAGUGAGCUGAGUAGUUUGAGAGAGCGAAAGGUCAAAGAGUCAUCAGAGGGACAACAGCGUCUCUGCACCACACCCAUGGGCACCAACUUGAAGGGCUCCCCUCCCCCUCCCUCCUCUCAGCUCCUCCUGCGCACUGGCUCAGGUGGUUCCUCCGACACCAUCCCUGUCACUGCCGCCAAUGGCACACACCACUUCUCGCCCACGAGUGGCGGGCUGGGUGGGCAGGACUUCUUCAGCCCCUCCUCUCUGGCGUCGGCGGGCACCGCUUUCCCCCUGGGGGGCAAGGUGGUGCUCAACUCCCUGCUGCAGCGCCAGCUCAUGCAGACCUUUUACUCCAAAGCCCUGCAGGACUCCGUGUCCGCCUCCGGCCAGGCCCUGCUCUUCUCCUCUUCCAACUACCCCACCCAUAACUCCCUUUCAGCCAGCCCCCUGCCACCCCAUCAGUCUUUGCAGUCGCAAUCCCAGCACCCGUCAGCGGGCAGCCCGGAUGUCAACGGCCUCGCCCCCUCGCCCAGCCAGUCAGAAGGGGCGGGGAGCGUCUCGGAAGGUGAAGACAUGGACACGUCUGAGAUAGCGCGUCAGGUCAAGGAGCAGCUGAUCAAGCACAACAUCGGGCAGAGGAUCUUCGGCCACUACGUGCUGGGGUUGUCCCAGGGCUCGGUCAGUGAGAUACUGGCCAGGCCCAAGCCCUGGAACAAGCUGACCAUCCGGGGCAAGGAGCCCUUCCACAAGAUGAGGCAGUUCCUGUCCGACGAGCAGAACAUUCUGGCACUGCGCAGCAUCCAGGGGAGGCAGAGAGAGAACCCAGGCCAGAACCUGAACAGAGUGUUUCAGGAGGUUCCGAAGCGAAGAACCGGCUCCGAAGGCUCCUCGAGGCCAGGUAACAUCACCACCCGGAUCCGCACCUCGGAGAGUGGCUCAGAUGAGGCCAUCAAGUCCAUCCUGGAACAGGCCAAGAGAGAGCUGCAGGUUCAGAAGGCUGAUGGUGUGGAGGACAGACAGCGACGACAGACAGGUUACCCCCGAGGCAUGGGCAACUAUUUUGCAAAAUAUGCACAAAGUCUCAGACUUGACUCGUCCCAGCCCCCUCCCUCGUCCAGCAUUGGUGGUGGUGGAGGUGGUAUCGGCUCAGGUGGAUCCUCCAACUCAGACGAGACCAUCCGCUCCAUCCUAGAGCAGGCAAGGAGAGAGAUGGAGGCCCAGCAGGCCGCCCUAGAGCCCAUCCUCAAGGCAUCCUCCAUGGGCCCCUCCGACCUGGCCCUGCUCUCCCCCAAACUCCUGGGCGCGCCAAUCCUCCCGGCCUCUUACUCGCCCCUGGCCCUCUCCCUCAAGAAGCCCUCCAUCCCCCCAACCUCCUCUCCCUCCUCCCUCCUGGAUUUCCACUCUGCCAUGGUGAAGAAGGAGGCAGGAGAAGUGGUGGGAGAAGGCGGGGGAGGAGGAGGGUUGCUAAUGGAUGGUGGGACCAAGCAGGGGCGAGGCUCCUGGAGGGAUCAAUGGUGGAGCAGUAUGCACCCCGGGGGGCAGGGAGCCACGGCGAGCCUGAAUGACGAUGUGCGUAGUCAGGAGGACAGCAAGGAGAAGCCUCCCCGGCUGGCCGGCUCAUCCUCGGUGCUGGCACCCUCCUCCGUCUCCAUCUCCUCCUUGGACUACUGGAAGGACUGGCCCCGGGCCGAGUCCCCGUACUCCCAGGCCAGCUCUGAGCAUGGCGGGGGCACCAAAACCCAGGGGCCCAGCUGCGCCAACACACCCCAGAGCAGUCUCUCUCCCCUAAGCUUGGGGCCUCUGGGGUCCCUGUUGACCCCCGCAGCCAAACAAGCCAAGCCUGUGGUGGCGCCGCUCACUCCUGAGCAGUACGAGUUCUACAUGUACCAAGAGGUGGACACGGCCGAGCUCACGCAGCAGGUCAAAGACAAGCUGGCCAAGAACGGCAUCUGCCAGCGCAUCUUUGGAGAGAAGGUGCUGGGCCUGUCUCAGGGCAGUGUGAGCGACAUGCUGUCCAGGCCCAAGCCCUGGAGCAAGCUGACCCAGAAGGGCCGGGAGCCCUUCAUCCGCAUGCAGCUCUGGCUCAACGGAGAGCUGGGCCAGAAUGUCCUGCCCUUACAGGGCCAGCCACAAGAAAACACCCCAAAGACCUCAGCCAGCUGCAGCCCGGCCCCGGAGUCCCCCCUCAGCUCAGCCGAGGAGUCCGUGAAGAGCCUUGGGGAGCAGGGUGGAGGAGGAGGGGGAUGUGGAGGAGGAUCAACCCAGGUCCCCCCCAGGGAGCCCAGCGAGCCCUCUGAGUCUCAGCCCGGCACGCCACUGCCCGUCCCCGGCCACUCAGGUCUCAGCAUCCAGGAGAUGGUGGCCAUGUCCCCAGAGCUGGACACCUAUGUCAUCACCAAGAAGGUCAAGGAGGUGCUGACCGACAACAACCUCGGUCAGCGUCUGUUUGGGGAAACGAUCCUGGGUCUGACUCAGGGCUCGGUGUCUGACCUGCUGGCGAGGCCCAAGCCCUGGCACAAGCUCAGCCUGAAAGGACGCGAGCCCUUCGUCCGCAUGCAGCUCUGGCUCCAGGACCCACGCAACGUGGAGAAACUCAUGGACAUGAAACGCAUGGAGAAGAAAGCGUACAUGAAGCGGCGCCACAGCUCUGUGAGCGAGAGCCAGACGGCGGACAGUGGUGGCCUGUCAGGGGGAGACUUCAGCCAGGGCGGCAGCCCCCAGCACGGCCUCGGCCACCACCUGCACCAGCAGCAGCCUCCCCAGCAGCACCUGAAGAAGGCCCGUGUGGUGCUGGCCCCCGAGGAGAAGGAGGCCCUGAAGAGGGCCUACCAGCAGAAGCCCUACCCCUCGCCCAAGACCAUUGAGGAGCUGGCCUCACAGCUCAAUCUCAAAACCAGCACCGUCAUCAACUGGUUCCACAACUAUAGGUCUCGUAUCCGACGGGAGCUUUUCAUCGAGGAGAUCCAGCGAGGUGAGGGCGGCUCCCCGUCCACCAGGGCGGGCAAGGCCAGUGAGGGCGACAGCUGUGACGGUACCGAGUCAGAUGGCACAGUGGAGGGCACACGCCCCGGCCACGAGCACCACCCGGCCUCAGAAGGCGAGGGGGGGUCCGACCACAGAGACGACGGCACCACGUCAGCCACUGGCAGCAACGCUGCAGGUACCAGCGGCCACCACAAGGGCGGCGCCCUGGACAGCCUGUUCAGCUUCCCCGAGAGUACCCAUGUUUCCUCUGCGUCUGUUGCCACCACCACUGCUGCCCGCAACCCCCGCGACAGCAGCCUGCGCAAGAAGAAAGCCGCCAACCUCAAUAAUAUCAUCCACCGCCUGGAGAAGGCUGCCGGUAAAGACGAGCCCCACGAGUGGGAGUUCUGAUACGGUACCCCUGCUGCUGGAGAGUGAGAGUUACUAUUUUUCUAGUGCCCUGACUGCACAGUUCCAAGGCCAAGACUGGAGCAGUGCUGCCAGAGAGGAACUGGCAUCUUUUACGACUUUUCAUAUCAAAGAGGGUUCAUAGAUUUUUUUCAAGAAGCGAAACAACAGCAACAACCUGGCUUUGUUUGGAGAUAAAGCACUUAACAGCCCUGCCGGCCACAGGGCCCCAACACCACCGGCCAAAGGUGCGGAGGAGACAAAAGACUUGCGCUACUCACAAAGGAGCGUCACUCCACAGGAGGAAACUGUCACGAGAAGCAAUUAUGUGUUUUAUUUGUGUGUGUGUGUGUGUGCGUGUUUCCCUUUGAGAGAUUUAUUCACCACCUCAAAGUUUUUCUAACCUUGUUCGCUCAGUGAGUUUUCACAUCUAGUAGACUAACUGUUACAAUGUUUUCCCUUUUUUCUAUUUUCUAAGAGGGUCUUUCUCCUCAUAACUCCAUUGCAGUUCUUUGGCUUUCUGAUAGGAUCGUCAAAAAAAAAGAGAAUGAAAAGCCAAGCAUUUACAAAAUUAGUCUGCAGGAGAGGAGAACCCUUUCCCAAGCAAUGUUCCUUUCUGUGCCCCAAAAGCUGCCAUGUAAUGGCACUGGAACUCUUAAUAUGCUAUCCACUCUAUUGAGAAAAUAAUUAACAUUUUUAUAAAAUUAUUUUUCUCCUCUGAGAAAGAAAAAAAACUUUAUAGCAAUUUGGUUGCCACUAAGAGAUUGCACAGUCGGUCGACUUUAAACAAUGCUAUUUUAGAUUCCUAAAUAUUUGGGAAGGGUAAAAUCUGAAGUGAAAUACUCAUUAUCAGUUGAAUGGAACUUUGAAAAAAAAGUAUCACUUUAAUUCACAGUUUUUCAACGUACAACAUAAACUGCAACGGUCAGGAAAAAGGAAAAAUCAGAAAAACAUCUUGUGGUAGCUUACUUUGUGUUCUUUCUCGUGGGUGAUCUAGAAGCUCUUUGAUAAGUAGUGUACAUUUCUUUCAUAGCUUUAACUGACUUCCGGGGGAUGCCAUUUUGGUGGCACCGGGAGCGUUUGUUUAAUACACUCCAUUUUAGGCCAAAAUCAGGUUUGAGAAAAAAAGAAAAUAAACAAAAAAGUUGUAUACAAGUUCAUGGAGAAAAAAAACUAUUUCAGUCUAGAUAUUUAAAAAAAAAAAAAAAAAAAAAAAAGUUGCAAACUUGCUUUUUAACCUAUUUUAACCACAAAAACCACACUAUUAAGACCUCAGAACCAGGGUGUACAGUAGAGCCUACGGCCGCUGCACUUCACAGCCUGGCCCUCGGAUGGGGAGGCUUGCGUUUCAUUGGGUGAAAAAGCCAGGAGAUGCACAGCUCACUUUACUGUAUAUUCCAAGCAUCUGGCUCUUUUGCUCUCAACUCUUUACCUACGGUUGUGUGUAUAUUUGUACAUUGUAAAAAGACAGAAAAGAAAGACAAGAAACCCCAGCUGUUGCGUGUCGGUCCUCACAUGCGGUGCACUACGAGUCUGAGGAGGAGAUGGACUCUCCUCUGCUUGUGUGUUCCCAUACAGAGCUACAAGACUGACCUGGUCAUGGUCAACCAGUCACACGUCCCUCCUUUAAAACCCUUUGACAUAUAUUCUCCACAGGCUGCCAUGUUGUGUUGCGCAGAGGUCAAGAGGUCAAAUGUACGAAACAGUGCCAAGGCUUAGUAGAGAUAUUUCAAGGUACAUUUUUACUAAUUGAAUAACCAACACCAAAAGUUAUAUCCAAAGUAGUGUCGAUGUGACAAAGCCCCAUCCAAUUUGGUUGUCUCUUUCAAAGUCAAGCUGAUUCUCCCACCAAUCUUGAUGCGCUCACUCCUUAUAUUAUGACCAGUUUUAUGAUCAAUUCAUGACUGUUACGUAGCAUCUCCAUUCUCCACUGGUCACAACAAGUCCUCUUACUUUCAGCUGUAACUCUUGGCCCCAUGUGAAUAUAUCUCAGAGGUUAAGAUCACUUGACACGGGUCAAUGGAAGAAAACAAAGACAUUAGUUUUAUACUUAACCCUCAACCCACCCUCCCUUCCCCAGAUAUGGUAGAACAUUAGACC